ACGCGAUGAGGAUGUGACUAUGCGAGCGAUCGAUCGUACGUAGUGUUAUCCUAACCUCUUCGUCGAUGCGCACGAAUUAUCGAUCGAGACUCGUUUGAUCGCUCUUACAAAUAACAGUCAUUCGAUCGUGAUGCGAGCGAUAAAACCGCGCGCGAACGAACGCAGUUUUGCGCGAUCGUUCGACUGUGCCUAACUUCACUCGCAUUGCAUAUCGAGUCAAAAGUGUGUCGUUUGCACGGUAUCGUUAGUUUUCGAUAACCAUUCAUAUGUCCAGUAUUUCGAGGAGAAGAAAGAUUAAAGGCCACUUACGCUAGGCUAGAGUUUCUCGAAUCGAUCAAGAUGACGUCGUCACCUUACGUCUCACGAAUAAAUCAGAUCGACGCCGCUCAGUUGGACACCGAGAUCUAUAAGGUGCUGAGAAAUCAAACCAAAGAAAUCACCAAAUACAGCGCACCCGGCAAGAUUGACAAAUGGCAAGCAGAAGUGGACGUCGUUCUGAAAUUCCUCAUCUGGAAGUUCUCGCUACAUCGGGGCUCCUCCACGUUCGGUCAGCGACUCCUUAAUCUGCACUACGCAAACAUCAAUCAGAGGAAAGCUGUACUCUACUUAAUUCUAAAUGUUCUACCUCAGUAUGUGAAAGACAAAUUGGCCAGCGAAAAUCUAUCGGAUCGCGGCGCGGUCGUGCAAGUAUUAAAGUCCCUCGUCGAAUGGAUGUCGAACGCGAUCAAUCUCUUGAAUCUCGUCAAUCUCCUCUUUUUUCUCCAUCGGGGUAUACAACCUCGCGUGAUCGAAUUUCUGCUAGGUCUUUCCAGUCAGUCAAUAACAGCUCACCGACCUAGAACUAUUGGUUACUCGUACAUGACGAGGGAGUUGCUCUGGCAUGGUCUGAUGGAGCUCUUCACGAUCGGCAUACCCAUGAUAAACUUCCACUACUUCAAGCAUAUAGUGACGAAGCUGUGGCGACGAGCCGAACCGUCGAGGGGAUUGCUUCCAGUAAUGAAUGCCACGACCAAGUGCGCCUACUGCUACGAGGACCCAAUCCUACCGUCACACGCCGGCUGUGAACAUUUGUUCUGUUACUAUUGUCUACAGGCGCACUUCACUGCGAUGAACGUGUUCCAGUGUCCUAGCUGCAACGCGAAACUCCACGUCGAAGAUAUGAAAAGGUACACCGUCGCGAGUGCGUCUUGGAGUGAUGACGAGGAGUCAGAUGACAGUUUUGAGAAAGUGGGCGAUGGAUAACAUAUCAGUUUUAUCGAAGAGAGAUUGUAUCAAAGGUAAUAUUCAUUAGUGAUGUGAUUCAUGGUGGAUAAAUUAAGUGAUACUUGAAUUUUCAGUCUACAAAUAUUAUCUUUGCCAAAUAUUAUCUUUACAAGUGAAAAUGAUUUUAUUAUUGUGCAUUGAUGUUUUUAACGUGUUAAUUCUUUAACAUAAGCGUGUGUUAAAUUUAUGUUUGAAUGUGUUGAUUACUUAAUACAAAACGUAGCAGAUUUUUUUCACAAAUAUACCAAUUUGUGAAAAAUAUACCAAUUUGCCAAGUUAGUGUAUUACAUCCAAAUUAAUUAAAUUGUAAAAAUGAAUAAAACAUAAAUGAAAUUUGCCUUUAAUCGUCAGCGGUUUAUCGCGAGACACGAUGAAGGGGCGUAUGCGUGUGAUAUUAAUAUUUUGUUUUUAUUAAAAAUAGCAAUAUACAAAAUCUUCUUUAUUCUUCAUUUCAAUACAACAAAUCCCGAUUACGGGCGAUUUCGACAUUCUUCUAGCGAUUUCCUUUUUUUUCCGAAACAAACAAUAAUAAUAGAUCAAUCUAUACUUUUUUGGCUCUUAUAUCAAAAAUUAGAUUAGAUUAUAUCAUAUAAAAAUAUUAUGCUGCGCUGUAUAUUAUAAAACGCUUCAUCUGCCGCCACGCAGGUCGAUGGAUCGAUUGUUUACAUGCAAUAAUGACAUUUCAUCGAUUAAUUUAUCAUUUAGUUGCUGCACCUGCGCUUGAUGGGCGGGCACGUCCCCAGAUUUAUUAUACGAGAAACAACAUUAUAAACACUCUAGCACAAGAAGAAAAAAAAACGCGAAACACAUACACAUAAAUUAACACUUUCCAUCCGCCUCUCCUACGCCACUAUAAAUUUCAUUUUGAAUCCGAACUCUUAUCGUCUUUCCUUGGAAUGUGUGAUUUUUAUAAUACAAUUGUAUAGCGCGGACUCUUAUAUCGUUUUGUGAGAAAUUUCUUCUCAAAGAUCGGGCUGUUUCUAUCCUGAGAUAUCCGCGUUUACACUUGCGCUCUACUCUAAUACUAAUCUUACUAAUCGCGACAGAAACGAAGCUCACUCGAAAAAUAAGACGCAUGGAAAACACGAUGCAUUUUAAAUUACGCGAUUCUGUUUUUUUUUUUUUUCUAUUUUACAUUUCAUUCGCGUUCCACUUUUUUCGAAUAAUGUGUGUAUCUGGCGUGUAUAUCCUUCUUAAAAUAAAAUCUUUAAUUUCGAGCUUGGAAAUAUUGACUUUUUCUCCAAAUUACAGAUAUUUAUCACUUGUACGUUUUUUCUUCGGGCGAACUCCUCGAUUAUUCUCUGCAUUUCCUUAUCGGCAUGUUAGAGAUGUUGAUACUAAGAUAUUCUAAGACAGUGUCUCUUCUAUACCGAGAAGUUUGCGAUUUUGCAUCGGCCUCGUUAAGCGGAAAAAGAAUUUCCUGAUAUUUCGAGCAUGAAAGAGAGAACACAAUGAUGCGAGGCAUUUAAACUAUCGAUACGUGGAAACAGUUUUGCGCAUGAUGCCAUCAUAGCUGCUGGAAGACGACACCACGUUUCGGACGAGAUCGGUAUUCGAUAUAUUUCCCGAAUCGUUUGCGUUUCACAAUUUUCCGAGCUUGUCCUUCAAGCAAGAUAAGGGGUGAUGCAUUAUGUAUAAAAUUAAAAGAUUCUAUCCAAAACAAUGCUAAACUCGCCUUUUCAAAGACUCGAGAAAAUUAAUGAAAUUUAGGACAUUCAGUCAAUGAUAUUAUAAUUGAAUGAAAUAAAACUAGAUUUUGUUCCAAUUAAUUGUAUUAAUUGAACUUAGUUUCAAUAAUGCGAAAUAUAAAUUGGAAUAAAAUCAGGUUUAGCCUAAAUAUUAACUUCCACAAUUUUAGGAUUAAUUUUCUGAAGUUUUUAAAAAGUGAAUUACAUUGCUAAUCUCUCUAAUCGAAGAACACCUUCGAAUUAUACAAGUAAUCGCAAAUCUACCGUUAUUACGAAGAAAAAUCGUUGCGCAACGAUACGGUCUGUGGACUUUAAAUCUUCCUGAGAUUCUCAGAGAAGGUCUAUUAUUUUUUUUUUUUUAAUCCAUAUCAUUUUUCAUGGAAAUUUAGGAACCAAGAAAAUGAAAGUCAUUUCAGAGACGCUGGAAGUUAAAAUGGAUUAAUUCAUAAUUUGCGUGAGAUUCAUUUCAAAUAGCGAAUUACGUACUCGGAGUCAAUCCCAUAAAUUAUAAGUUCAUCCCAUUUUAAAUUUCAACGAUUUGUAUAAAUCGAUUAAAUUAUAAUAUAAAGCUGAAUGAGUUAGGCAGGAAAAAGCGAGUCCACAGUUUUCUAUAAUCAAACAAUAUUAAUAGUUCGUAAUAUUUUCUCUUCAACGCAAA